AUGCAAUAAAUUGAAAUACCUGAUUUAAUAUUCAUUGAAAAUAUCGAUGAAGUACAAAAGUUCGAGGAUGCUAUUAAUUUUUGUUUAAAGAGGAAAAAUGAAAUCGACAAUGUGAAUAUUAAUUUAAACUAAAAAAUAAAGAAUUACGUAGAUGGCGAAGUAACUAUGCAAAUUAUAUGCAGGAUCCAUAUUACAGAGAAAUUCAAGUUAAAAGUGAAGAGUUACAUUCAUAGGCACUUAACUGCACAAAAAUAUUUGAAGUAAGAUGAUAUUGAUUAACCAUUAUUUUAGUAAUUCAAACUGCCAACUCAUUUAGAUUAAGAAUUAUCAGCAUACUAAAAGGAGUAUAAAUAAUUGGAAUAAUAAAUUAAAUAGUAGGAGGAUAAAAAGAAAUGGGGUGCCUCUGAAAAAUAGAAAUCAAAAGCAAAGUUACUUAAAUUAAUAGAAGAGAUACAAUUAUCAAUUUUAAGUAUCAAUUGAAUAACAUAAAUUACAAAGAUAAACUAGAGUUGCCAGAGCCUGAAAAUAAGAGUUGUAUCAUUUUCAAUUGGAUUGCUGGAUGUUUGAUAAAGGCAAAGAAAGGUCCUGUAUAAUUGGCUGAAGAACUUAAAUUGAAGGUGGAGAAAGUAUAACUUUAACCUGAUUCUAUAAUCAAUUAACCUGCUCCUUCUUAAAGUGGAGGCAUAUUUGCUUGUGGUGGAAGGAAACCACUCUCAAAUUCAAGGCCCUUAAAAAGAGCAGCAUUACCAGAAGAAGAGUAGAGAUACUAUGAAAAUUUAUUGGCAUGGAAAGCAAUAAAGUAGCAUGUUUUUUCAUAGGAAUUCAAAUUCUAAGAGAAGGUUUCCACAUUCACUUAGGAAUUCGAAAAGUUGGAACCCUUUCAAGUAAUGUUGAUUGAAGAGAUAGUUUCAGAGAAGAAGGAGAUAAUCAAAGCAAUAUUUGAUAUUGAUAUCAAGGAUUAGGUUAGAGUAAUAAUUGAGAUCAAUGAAAUUGUGUUGUUUUUCUUGAAGGACAAUUAACAAGGUCAAUAGAAUAAAUUAAAGGCUUAAGAAGCUGAAUAGAUUGAAUAGAAUAUGAGAUAAAAGGAGGUAGAGAUUUAAAUGAUGUAAAAACAAAAGAAUUACUUUGCUGGAAAAGAAAAAAGGUUGAUGAGUCUAAAAGCCACAUUUUCAACAUUGUAAGUAACUUCAACUAAGAUUGCUGAUUUUGUUAAAGAAAAAAUGAAUACAAAUGAUUAAUUAUUUGCUCAAAUUGAAGUCUAAAGAAAUUCUGGACUUUCUAAGGAAUUAAAGGUUAAUUUGGAAGUCGAAGAUGUUUAUAGAAGAAAGAGAUAUGAAUGGGAAGAAAAUAUGAAAAAGUAACAGGCAAUUGAAGAGGAAUAAAGAGAAGAGGAGAGAAAGAAACUUGAAUCUUAGGAAAGAAAGAAAGAGGAUGAUAAGAACGAUCAAUCUGUUAUAGAUAAUAAAGAGGGAGUAUGAAUAUUUGUAAUUGUAGGAAAACAAUGUUUCUAAUAUAUAAUAAUAAGCUAAUGAAGAAGAUUCUGAUUAUCAAGAAGAAGAGUCUGAUGGAAGUUAAGAUGAUGAGGAGGAGAAAUAGGAUUGGAUAGUAUAUUUUAUAUUAAAGUAUUCUUUAAGGUACUAGCUGAUGAUGCUGACACCAAGCAUAUUUAAAAGACUUUAUUUCCUGACAAAAUAAAGACAGCUGAAAAUAAGAAUUUAGCCAAACAAAAAAAUCAGGGAGAGUCUUUAAAGCAAUUAAUGGCAAAGAGAAAGAAAAAUUGA